AGCAUUACUAUUUGUUUCAAGAAAGAAAAAAAGAUAAAGAAGAAGAAAAGCAUAAAAAAUGGCUUCAUGGAAGAAAACAAUAGCAACACCAUUCAAGAAAGCAGCAACGUUCUUCAACCAACCGCAGCAAUCUUCAUCUCCACAUAGCCGCCACCACGCUAACGCAAAGGCUAGAGAAGAGCACGAGAGACGAACAGUGCAAGAGCUUCAAGGUGAUGUCAUGGCUUGUGGUUACGAAGACGUCCUCGUCAUGUGGUCUAUUCUUGACAAGUCAAACUCUUCGAACAACCUCACUUCUUGAUUUUUGGUUUCUUUUAACAAAUCAAGAACACGAGAAAGGAAUUCAAGAUUUCUCUCUUUUCAUCAAUUUCUUUUUUGUUUUUUUUAGGUGUAUAUUGUUGUAUAAGCCCGCCAUGUAUCGUCUCUCAUCAUCAUCAUCAUGCUCCAUCAUCUUUUAUGUGGUCGUGGCUUUUAGAAUUUAGUUGAAUUUUUAUCCGAUGUUCGAGUUUGGAUUCGGAUGUUAUUAAUCCCUGUGAUGAUCUAUCUAAUUCACGGUGCGAUUUUUUCAUUUUAGUUUGGAACAAAUGAAUGAACAAGUCUUUUCAUGUUCU